AUGGCUAGCAAGCCUAAUUCGAAGAGAACGAUAUAUGUGGGUGGGUUAGCAGAGGAAGUUGAUGAAAAGGUAUUAAAUGCAGCGUUUGUGCCCUUUGGUGAUCUUGUUGAUGUUCAAAUACCUCUUGAUUAUGAGACAGAAAAGCACAGAGGUUUCGCUUUCAUUGAAUUUGAAAACGCUGAAGAUGCUGCAGCGGCGAUAGAUAAUAUGAAUGAUUCAGAACUAUUUGGACGUACCAUUAGAGUGAAUAUUGCAGCACCACAAAGAAUCAAGGAAGGUUCAACACGAGCUGUUUGGUCCGAAGACACCUGGUUACAGAAGCAUGCAGGUGAAACUUUGAAUGUCGACAAAGACAGUGAGGAGACAAAACAAAAAACAGAUUCAGAUACAAUUCCAUCUAAACCAGCAGAAAAACAGAAGAAUCCUCAAGUAUACUUUGAUAUAAAUGUUGGUAAACAAGAAAUUGGUAGAAUUAUAAUGAUGUUGAGACCUGACAUUGUACCAAAGACUGCAGAAAACUUUAGGGCAUUGUGCACCCAUGAAAAGGGGUUUGGUUAUCAAGGGAGCAGUUUCCACAGAAUUAUACCAGAUUUUAUGUGUCAAGGUGGUGACUUCACUAAUAAUAAUGGUACAGGAGGGAAAUCAAUAUAUGGCAGAAAGUUUGAAGAUGAAAACUUUACAUUGAAGCAUACUGGCCCUGGUAUUCUAAGUAUGGCCAAUUCUGGACCUAAUACGAAUGGAUCUCAAUUCUUCUUAUGUACAGCCAAGACUGAGUGGUUAGAUGGGAAACAUGUUGUAUUUGGUCACGUCAUAUCUGGCUUAGAUGUUUUGAAAAAGAUGGAGAGAUAUGGAAGCAAAAGCGGAACGCCGUCAGCCAAAGUUUUUAUAAGCAACUGUGGAGAAUUACAA